CCCCAAGCGUUUCAUGAUCUCCUUCAUACUCCUCUGCCAAGUCAAGGGUUGGCCACCUCUCUGUUUGAAUGGGGCUUGGAAAACAGCACUCUCUUCGGCAAACGAUGACAUGCACUAUAUGUUUUGCUCCUGACCUUCCUGUGCUAUACUCUUUACCAUGCCUCGCGAAAACCCAUCAGUGUUGUUAAGGGUGUCCUGCAUGCAGCCGAAUUCUCCGGGGAUAACGCUGAUGACAAGAGUAUUGGGUGGAAGCCGUUCGAUCAAGAGAAUUGGAGUCAGCUUAUUGGUGGAUUGGAAUAUAUCUACCUUCUGGUAUAUGCCGUAUCCAUGGUGAUAAGUGGCUAUGUGGCUGAGCGGAUCAAUUUACGUCACUUUCUUGCUUUUGGAAUGCUAUUCAGUGGUUUGACCAAUAUUGCAUUUGGAUUUGCCUAUUACUGUGGAAUACACAACUACCUUUACUUCUUCUGUGUUCAGGUCUUAUCUGGUGUUACGCAGGCUUCCGGAUGGCCUGCGGUAGUCACGCUAAUGGGAAACUGGUGGGGGAAAACUAGUGGCUAUGUGGCUGAGCGGAUCAAUUUACGUCACUUUCUUGCUUUUGGAAUGCUAUUCAGUGGUUUGACCAAUAUUGCAUUUGGAUUUGCCUAUUACUGUGGAAUACACAACUACCUUUACUUCUUCUGUGUUCAGGUCUUAUCUGGUGUUACGCAGGCUUCCGGAUGGCCUGCGGUAGUCACGCUAAUGGGAAACUGGUGGGGGAAAACUAGGAGAGGUUUCAUCAUGGGCCUAUGGAAUGCACACACGAGUGUGGGCAAUAUUUUGGGCUCUUUGGUUGCCGGUUACUUUGCGGAUUCCGACUGGGGUGCAGCAUUCGCAGUACCGGGUAUCAUGAUGGCAGUCGGCGGUCUGGUGGUUUACUGCACCCUGAUAGACCGACCCGAACGACUUCAGCUUCCCGGACGUUUUACCAGGCCUCCUCACUUGAGUUUGCCGAACCUAAAAUCAGCGGUUGAGUCAUCUUGUUUACCGAGGCGACCGAGCUCGGACCGGCUGGAGGAGCUUCCAUGCCAAUCGAAUAGCACAACCACAACGAAACAGGCUAUUGGCUUAUGUGAUGCCCUACGAAUCCCAAACGUUCUGGCCUACUCGCUCCUUCUGUUCUUCGCCAAACUGGUGUCCUACACAUUCCUCUACUGGCUGCCGAACUAUUUGGUCGUUGUUGAACCAGGUACAGUGACUGCAGAACAGGCCGCUCAACUAUCCGUGCUUUUCGACCUGGGUGGCAUCGUGGGUGGGAUUUUGGCUGGAUGGCUCAGUGAUCCGAAAGAGUCUGAUUCUGAUGCAAUGACAAUAUGGCGACGUGCGUUCAUGUGUUCCGUCAUGUUGAGUCUUGCUGCUCCGCUGCUGAUUGCUUACCAAGCCUUGGCUUCGGCUGUCUCCACGACUUCCCUUGUGCUGCUGUUCUGUUGUGGACUCACUGUGAACGGACCUUACGCUCUGAUCACCACCGCCGUUUCGGCCGAUCUGGGAACGCAACAUGCCCUGCAAGGACGAGCUCGUGCCCUGGCUACCAUAACGGCUAUCAUCGAUGGAACCGGAUCACUAGGUGCUGCUCUCGGCCCAUUCCUUACCGGUAUUUUGGUCCCGUUUGGCUGGUCGGCCGUUUUCCUGAUGCUACUUACAUCUGAUCUACUGGCUUUGGCAACUUCCUUGUGGAUCGUCUGUCGUUCGAGUCGGUCUACAGUCAAGCCAUCUUUCGUAGACGCACGUAUAAAAUAUACAACAUUGCGUCCUUAAAGCACGAUCAUCUUGACCGUCACACAUCCAUGAGUUCCGUGUGUCGUAACCGGUUUCUUACCAUUGUUUGUGCUGUGAUACGCCUUUACUAUCUGUGAUUCAAAUGCCAUGUUAUUUCCAUCCGUUUAAAUUGAGGAUUAGAAAACGAAACAAAACGGGAGUUUCUAUUUCAGCGUAUUUUUCCGUUGGCCUCGUGUUUGUUCAGUUGCAUCAGUCCCGCGCUUUUUGUAUGUCGAACUGUCGAACAUUGGUAACUAUUUGUUCGGAUACAUAUCGUUUUUAAUACGCGGGUUGUUUUCGCCUCGUCUACCAUGUUGACCGGUGAUAUACCUGAUUCGCCAGGCCAGCAA